AUGCACAAUUUCCGGUUUACAAAAUCAGACUUGGGCUUUAUAAGUGAUUUAGGAUUAAGUCAACCAGCAGAUAAACCUGUUAAAUCAGAUGAGGUUUAUGGAGUACUUCCUUAUAUUGUUCCAGAAGUAUUACGUGGCGAACCUUAUACUAAAGCCGCUGACAUAUAUUCUUUUGGUAUUAUAAUGUGGGAAAUGAAUUCUGGAAUCCCCGCUUUUAAUAAUGUGCCUCAUGAUCUUAAUCUUGCCUUAAAUAUUUGUCAAGGUUUGAGACCAAGGACUGUUAAGUCGCCAGAGAUUUAUUAUGAUGCCGAGGUCCAAAAACAAUAUGAAGACUUGGAGGUGGAAUAUGUAAAAUUAAUGAAAAGGUGUGGGGGUCCUGAUCCUAGUAAAAGGCCAACGGCUGAAGAACUAUAUGAAAAUUUUGAUGGAUGGCACGAUCAAUUAUUAAUUUUUACUAAUAAUGUUAAUAUUAUUAGUAUCGAUGAAAGAAUACCGUCCACAAUUGGUAAAUAUAGAAAAAUCGAUUACUCUGCAAAGUUAAAUGAAAUUUUAAGUCAAAGAGAAUUAAGUUCAAAGACUACUAUUAAUGAUAUUGAAAAUAAUGAGGAAAUAAUAAUAUCAAGUGAAAGUUUAGAAAAUUGUAAAAUUUCUAGUUCAGAAAUAGGUCCCAUACAAAAUCUUGAUAAUAAAGAGAAGGAAUCUAAUGAAUAA